AUGGAUGUCUUACAUAAAUUGCUCAAGCUUUGUGCAGAUAAGAAAUCUGCCAUCGGCUAUGGCUUUUUGACCAUUCUUACUGCUGGUGGGCAGCAGCUGUUUUCUCUGGUAGUUUUCCAGUGCCCAUGUACCGAACAUAACUUGAUGUAUGGAUGUGUUUUUCUCUUCGCUCCUGCUGUAGUUCUUAUGAUCAUCAGUUAUUUCCUAAACAGUAGAACUUGGAAGUUUGUUACAGGAUGCUGUCUUAAGCCAAAGAAGAUGUGCCCCAAUGGUGACCGCUGCUACGGGCUGCAUGUUUUCUUACAGCUGCUACUGAAUUCUCUGAUAGUUCCGGUCAUGUGGAUUUCUAUAGCCUUGCUUCAUGGAACCUUCUACACGUGUGCAAUGAGCGCCUGGCAGAAUCCAGAGUUUGUGCAGCAUCUGUGUAGGAACAAAUCUGAACAGUGUCAGACACAACUCUACAAAGUGACCUGUGGCAAAGCAACAUUGCCCGCCUACGAAUCACAAGAGGUUGUCCUGGUUCUUCAAGCCCAGUCUCAGGUUCUAGGCUGGUGUCUCAUUGCUGUUCUGGCGUCAAUUUCUCUUCUAUGUACAUGUUGGUCUAGUUGUUAUUCUAAAGUAAGUUCAAUCCAAAUGUCAUUCUGGAAAAUUUAUAUUGAGAAAGAAAAAGAUAAGUUUGAUCAUCUGGCUCAGGAAUACGCAGACAAACUUGCAGAAAGGAACCUUAGAAGUUUCUUUGAAAACAAAGAGCCGACUGCAUUUGAGUUGCCCAAUAAUAAAGCAUGGGAGAAGAUCUCUGCACUAUAUACAUUUAAUGCAGAUCACCAAUACUACAGUACUCUCCACAAGUUUGUGGAACAUGGAGAUGAAAAUUUCAGAGGAAAAGAAGUAAUGAUGGACUUUGUAGAUGCACAAGUAUGAUAGACGUUAGGACAUCAAAGAAGAAUAUGACUACAAGUGAGUUGAUGUGUUCUAUGUCAGUUCAUUGAAA